GCCACUAGACGUCUUUGUUUCGUAGCACUAUAAAGCAGGCAUAUUUUAGACUUUAUUUGCCUGUUUAAGCUUGAAUGUCUUCGCUAGCUGAGCUGUCAUGAUGCGACCUUUGUUGACAGUAUAACAAGACAGGAGGCGGGCAGCAAGCAGCGCUUUUGCUGCUUUGACAUUUAUUAUUUGCAUCUAUAUGUUGUAUGCAUGUUUUGAUCAACAUUUCUACUGCAUGGUCAAUCGUUUCAGCUAGCUACUAUACGAAAAUAACUUAAACAUUGUUUUUCAUGGCUGUAGCCUUAUAUAACCCAUCAGACAGAGUUGCCACUUGUACAGCCAUAUAGUUCAAAGUGCUUUAAAAUCUUCCUCUGAUAGCUCCCAAAACAAUCCAGCUAUUAAAACAAUGGGAAUGUAAACAGGGCAAUCUACAGAUUUGUCUCUUGUUUUCAAAACCUUUUUAGUGAGGUGUGGCAUCACCCAUUCCAGGUGAAAUGUCCUUCAGUUCCACAUGAGCUCUACUAUGUGGUACAUCAUGCAGAGUAUUCAGAGCAAAUACUCACUGUCGGAAAGGCUCAUUCGAACCAUAGCAGCCAUACGCUCCUUCCCUCAUGAUAACGUGGAAGAUCUUAUACGCAGGGGGGCAGAUGUCAAUAGGAUGCAUGGCACACUGAAGCCUCUACAUUGUGCCUGCAUGGUGGCCGAUGCUGUUUGUGUCGAGCUUUUGCUGGAGAAAGGUGCAGAGGUAAAUGCCUUGGAUGGUUAUAACCGCACUGCACUACAUUAUGCUGCAGAGAAGGAGGAAGGGUGUGUGGAGCUGCUACUGGAAUAUGGGGCCCUGCCAAAUGCACUGGACGGCAACAAGGAUACCCCACUGCACUGGGCUGCCUUCAAAGAUAACCCUGAGUGCGUACGAGCUCUGCUGGAGAGUGGCGCUUGCCCCAAUGUUCACGAUUACAACAACGACACGCCCCUUAGUUGGGCAGCCAUGAAGGGCAACCUGGAGAGCGUGCGUGUGCUGCUAGAGUACGGUGCUCAAGUGCAUGUCACCAACCUAAAGGGCCAGACGCCCAUAUUCCGGCUGCUGGCACUGCUGGCUCGGGGUCUGGGAACGGAACAGGAGGAAGAGUGUCUGGAGCUGCUUUGCCGUGCCGCAGGGAGGUUCGAGAUCCACAGGGCAGAUGGCUCCUUGCCACGUGAGCUCAGUAAAGAUCCUCAGUUACUGGCUCGACUCACUAGUCUGGUAGCUCAGCCACCUACGUUGCGAGCCUUGGCACGCUGUGCUGUGCGCAGUAGCCUGGGAGUGCAGUACCUCCCUUCUGCCGUGAAACAGCUCCCCCUUCCAGAGUCAGUUAAAGAAUAUGUGCUCCUCAGAGACUGAGGGCACGGAAGGGGAGGAACUGGGGAAGACCGUCCUUAAUGUCAGACGUGGAGGAGGUAGAUGUCUUCUGUGUAUGUGAACGAGUGAUUGUAUUCUGUUGUAAUCAGACUGCAAUCAGAAGUGUGUCUGUCCAUAUACAGUGAGAGAAUAAUUGAGAAAUUAUUUUCUUUGUUACUUUAAUGUCAUCAAACACUUGGGUGGCACUGCAGUGUGUGAUCAUGUGAUGCAGAGAAGUACCAGUCUGGUUGUUAAUAUCUCUGGUCAAACUCAUAAAUGAUGUAAAAACCUCUAAUUGCAAAAACAAGAAAAAAGAAUUUAAAAAUAUUAUUUACCAGUGUAUCCUAUAGAAACAAAAUUAGCAUUAACACUUGAACAAAGCACUUAAGUUAUAAUCCAGAUUGUUUUUGUUGUUUUGUUUUUAAUGUAUGCAGUUGUAUUUGAUUAUUUUUAAAACACAGUUACUUAUGCCUUAUAUUAAGUUUUAAAGCCAAAUAAAUUGUAAUUUUUACAUUAAAUCAUUUUAUGAGGUAUCCAAGUCAUCAAAUAUAAAUCCAUACUGAAAGGCUUAGGAAAAUGAAAAAUGUGGUAAACCUGGCUCAGAAGAUAUUUGUGGUGUACUUCACAUCUGUCAUUUUGAUGCAGGGCAAUGAAAAAACACUUCUAUAAUGGCAUCUAUUUCUGUUCAUCGAACACUUUCAUAAUCAUAAACUAAAGUUGAUCAUUAAUAUUUCUCAGUGAUACUACCACUACUACCUGAUGGAAUGUGUUGGACUGUAUUAUACACCUUUUCUGUGGUGCUGAUGAUUGCAGAAAAUGAGCUGUGAUUCUAAGUUUGUGAUGAAAAUAUAGAAGACCUUAAUAAGAAUUUUCUAUGUCGAUAUUGGGAAUGUUCGAUUCACAGAGUGUGGUUCGUCAUGUUAGCAUGAUCUUUCCAAUUUUUACAGACCAUGAGUGAGAUGUCUUAAAGGAAUUAAGGCCAACACUUGUAUCACAUCUUGUGAAAUUAAUUUUGCAGCCCUGUUUUUAUUUCGCUGUUGAUAUAUUGCUUAAGAAGUAUGUAGUGCUUACAUCUGAACUAGUUUCAUGCAUGCAGACUAACAAGUAAAAGCGUCCAUGCAUUGUGCAAGCGUAGUUGCUGCAGUUAUUUCCCCAAACCAAUGAAUCAUGAACAUUAUGAUAAAGAGGGCACAUCUACAGUAUGUGUGCUGUUCUGCGUGUGUUUGUGUGUGUAUAGUUUCUUCUGUGGACCAGUAGAGGCCGCUGGAAUACUACAUGAAAUAAAAAAGUCUGAAAAGCGAAGAUUUCCAUAGGAACCAUUGGCCAUAGGAAUGUGUGUUUUAUGCA